AUGCCUCGCAUUCCUACCACCGUCACCAACUUCCACUCCAAGGAGGCUCAGACCAAGACGGUCAAUAAGCUCCGAGUCCUCAUCUCUGGAUUCAAGAAGCAGCCCGCCCACGGCAAGGUCGAGACUGAGGAGGUCCCUGUGAAGAACUGGCUUCCUGAGGACAGCCACGCCACACCACAUGAAGGUCGCCAACGAGAUUCUAUGAGCCACACACCUAACAGCGUCGUACGACAUGCUAUGCAACAACAAUAUCGCGCCGGAGCCAAGUCAGGCUCCGGCAACAACAAUCAAGCCCCCGAUAGCUUGACCGGCAUACCGCACAUUCCGUAUGUUAGAAUACCGAGACGACAGACCUUCGCGCUAUGUUUGGGAUACACCGCAUCGCGCCUUGGUCUGAGUACCGCCGCGCGACGGGCACAGAAGCUGUUCAUCGAGCAACGGUGGGCAUUCUGCCCGGGACUGCCAGGUGGCUUCAAGGGAUCAGAAGUGCCUCGAGGCUUCUGUUUUCAGACAAUUCGCCACUGCUUGUACCGGUACUGCAACCCUCCUUCGCAUUUGGUCUGGAAGCCAAACCCCCCCAAAACUCAAAAAGCACGUCAACCUAUUUUCGGCCCUAGUCUAGUCCAGUACACCAGCUGUGAUAAUGGCAUCGUAUCCACUACAGUUCAGAGAAACCAAUAG